AUGUCAGAGAAUGUGUCUGUGUGCAUGCAUGCGCAGGGCCUCAAAUGUCAGAAAGAAGUCAAGAAGCAUUGCAGUGACAAUACACAUCCCUGCCAGUCAGACAUGAAUAUCGAAGGAGCCUGGAAGAGAGGCUACACGGGAAAGAACAUUGUGGUGACCAUCCUGGACGAUGGCAUUGAGAGGACCCAUCCGGACCUGAUGCAGAACUAUGAUGCCCUGGCAAGUUGUGACGUGAACGGGAACGAUCUGGACCCAAUGCCUCGUUACGAUGCGAGCAACGAGAACAAGCAUGGGACCCGCUGUGCUGGAGAAGUGGCGGCCGCGGCAAACAACUCUCACUGCACAGUCGGAAUUGCUUUCAAUGCCAAGAUCGGAGGGGUUCGGAUGCUGGAUGGCGAUGUCACGGACAUGGUUGAAGCGAAAUCGGUUAGCUUCAAUCCCCAACACGUGCAUAUCUACAGCGCCAGCUGGGGCCCAGAUGAUGACGGCAAGACCGUGGACGGACCAGCUCCCCUCACCCGGCAAGCCUUUGAAAACGGCGUUAGAAUGGGGCGGAGAGGCCUUGGCUCUGUUUUUGUCUGGGCCUCGGGGAACGGUGGAAGGAGCAAAGACCACUGUUCUUGCGACGGCUACACCAACAGCAUCUACACCAUCUCCAUCAGCAGCACCGCCGAGAGUGGGAAGAAGCCCUGGUACCUGGAAGAGUGUUCGUCCACGUUGGCCACCACCUACAGCAGCGGAGAGUCCUACGAUAAGAAAAUAAUCACCACCGAUCUGAGGCAGCGCUGCACAGACAACCACACCGGGACGUCGGCCUCGGCCCCCAUGGCUGCGGGCAUCAUCGCGCUCGCCCUGGAAGCCAAUCCGUUUCUGACCUGGAGAGACGUGCAGCAUGUUAUUGUCAGGACUUCCCGUGCAGGACAUUUGAACGCUAAUGACUGGAAAACCAAUGCUGCGGGUUUUAAGGUGAGCCAUCUCUAUGGAUUUGGACUGAUGGAUGCAGAAGCCAUGGUGAUGGAAGCAGAAAAGUGGACCACUGUUCCCCAGCAGCAUGUGUGUGUGGAGAGCACGGACCGACAAAUCAAGACGAUUCGCCCCAACAGCGCAGUGCGCUCCAUCUACAAGGCUUCGGGGUGCUCCGAUAACCCCAACCACCACGUCAACUACCUGGAGCACGUGGUUGUGCGCAUAACCAUCACCCAUCCGAGGAGGGGAGACCUGGCCAUCUACCUGACUUCGCCCUCAGGAACCAGAUCCCAGCUUUUGGCCAACAGGCUUUUUGAUCAUUCCAUGGAAGGAUUUAAAAACUGGGAGUUCAUGACCAUUCACUGCUGGGGAGAACGAGCCACCGGUGAUUGGAUCCUUGAAGUUUACGAUACCCCCUCCCAGCUGAGGAACUUCAAGACCCCAGGGAAAUUGAAAGAAUGGUCUUUGGUCCUUUAUGGAACCUCCGUGCAGCCAUAUUCCCCAACCAACGAGUUCCCGAAGGUAGAACGUGUCCGCUAUAGCCGCGUCGAAGACCCCACCGAUGACUAUGGUGCAGAGGAUUAUGCAGGCCCCUGUGACCCUGAGUGCAGCGAGGUUGGCUGUGACGGACCAGGCCCGGACCACUGCAGUGACUGCUUGCACUACUACUACAAACUGAAAAACAACACCAGGGUCUGUGUCUCCAGUUGCCCCCCCGGCAACUACCACGCCGACAAGAAGCGAUGCAGAAAGUGUGCCCCCAACUGCGAGUCCUGCUUUGGGAGCCACGGUGACCAGUGUCUGUCCUGUAAAUACGGAUACUUCCUUGAUGAAGAAAUCAACAGCUGUGUUACCCACUGCCCCGACGGCUCAUACCAGGACACCAAGAAAAAUCUUUGCCGGAAAUGCAGUGAAAAUUGCAAGACAUGUACGGAAUUCCACAACUGCACCGAAUGCAGGGAUGGGUUAAGCCUGCAGGGGUCGCGGUGCUCCAUCACCUGUGAGGAUGGGCAGUACUUCAACGGCCAGGAUUGUCAGCCCUGCCACCGCUUCUGCGCCACCUGUGCUGGGGCGGGCGCCACCGGGUGUAUUAACUGCACUGAGGGCUACUUCAUGGAGGAUGGCAGGUGCGUGCAGACCUGUAGCAUCAGCUAUUACUUCGACCACUCUGCAGAGAACGGAUACAAAUCCUGCAAAAAAUGUGAUCCCAGCUGUUUGACAUGCAAUGGCCCGGGGUUCAAGAACUGCACCAGCUGCCCUAGUGGGUAUCUCUUAGACCUCGGGACGUGUCAGAUGGGAGCCAUCUGCAAGGACGGAGAAUACAUUGAUGAGCAUGGCCACUGCCAGAACUGUGAAGCCUCAUGUGCCAAGUGCCGGGGGCCCACUCAGGAAGACUGCACUGGCUGCCCCGUCACAAGGAUUUUUGACAAUGGCCGCUGCGUUUUCAAAUGUCCCUCAGGGAAAUUUGAAUUUCAGAACCAAUGCCAUCUAUGCCAUUACACCUGCCAAGAAUGCCAAGGGAAUGAGCCUUCCAACUGCACUUCCUGUGGAGCAGAUAAGCACGGCCGGGAUCGCUUCCUGUAUCUGGGGGAGUGUUGGGAGAGCUGCCCGGCAGGCCACUACCCUGCCGAGGGGCAUGCCUGCCGGCCUUGCCCCGAUCACUGUGAGCUUUGCCAUGACGCACACAUCUGUACCCGAUGCGUGGGAGGCUACUUCCUGGUGCCCACCAACCACACGUGUCAGAAGUUGGUGUGUGGACAAGGUGAAGUCCAAGACCCAGACUACGGAGAGUGUAUGCCAUGCGAAGAAGGAUGUCUGGGAUGCAGCUUGGGUGAUCCAGGAACCUGUUCAUCAUGCACUCCAGGGUAUUACAUGUUUCAGCACCGCUGUUAUACAACCUGUCCCGAGAAGACCCACAGUGAAGGAUCCGAAUGUAAGCCGUGCGAUACCAACUGCAGCAACUGUGACCAGCACGAGUGCUACUGGUGUGAAGAGGGCUUCUUUCUCCUGGGUGGCACGUGUGUGAGCGAAUGUAGCCCCGGCUUCUACGGCGACCCGGAGAUGGGAGAAUGUGAGCCCUGCCACCAGGCCUGUGAAACCUGCACCGGCUUCGGCCACCAGCAGUGCAGCACGUGCCGGGAAGGAGUGCAGCUGCGGCACGGGAUGUGCGUGGGUCCUGCCCUGAACCAGGGGGAAGGCAAAUUCUGGAACGAACCUGUGCCCACUGCAAGCCCAUCUUUGGCGAAGACCUGGCCACAGAAGCGACGGUGGAAGUUUCAGAUCAAAAGAGACAUUUUGAGAGGACACCAGCCCUGUCAUCCUUCUUGUAAAACCUGCAAUGAAUCUCCAACCCUGUGCACUUCAUGUCCAAAAGGCAUGUAUCUGUUGGCCCAGGCCUGUGUCUCUUCCUGUCCUGAAGGCACGUGGCCCUCGGUGAUGAGUGGCAGCUGCGAGAACUGUACAGAGGACUGUGCCUCCUGCUCUGGAGCCAAUCUUUGCAGAAAGUGCUGGACUCGGCCAGACUUCCCUCUCUUCCUGCAUGAAGGCAGGUGCUACACCAGAUGCCCUGAUGGCUUCUAUGCAGAAAAUAGCACAUGCAGGCGCUGCAACGCCCCCUGCAGAACAUGUGAAGGAAAUGCCACCAGCUGCCACUCCUGCGAAGGGGGCCUCCUCUUGGACCAGGGAGCAUGCCGGGAAACCUGCCCCGAGAGGCACGUGGCCGUGGACGGGGUGUGCAAGGCUUGCCCCAACAUGUGUCAGGACUGCAUCCAUGAGCAAACAUGCAAAGAGUGUAUGCCUGAGUCCUUCCUGUACCAGGACGUGUGCCAUCAAUCCUGCCCCCUCGGCUUCUACGAAGACACACGCCAGUGUGUCCCCUGCCACGAAGACUGUCAGGAGUGUAGUGGCCCCUCAGCGGAUGACUGUGACCUCUGUGCUGAGGCGUCCUCGGUUCUCUAUGAUGGCCGGUGUUUGGAUGAGUGUCCGGAAGGGACUUACUACGAAAAAGAGACUAAGGAUUGCAGAGACUGUUACAAGUCUUGCCAGACCUGCUCGUCACCUGGGACCUGCACAACCUGUCAGGAAGGCCUGUGGGUGGACAGCCACGGACGCUGCAUGCCUCACAGGGAAUGUGCACCCACUGAGUACUGGCACGAGGCUCUGGGGUGCAAGCCCUGUCAUGCUAAGUGCUUCCGCUGCACGGGGCCCACAGAGGACCAGUGUCACACCUGCCUGAGGGACAGCCUUCUGCUCAACACGACCUGCGUGCAGGACUGCCCCGAGGGCUACUACGCUGAUGAGGACAGCCACCAGUGUGUCCCCUGCCACAGCUCUUGUAGGACCUGCGAAGGGAGACGCAGCGCACAGUGCCUCUCCUGCCAGCCAGGCUUGUUCCAGCUGGGAAAGGAGUGCCUGGCCCACUGCAGGGAAGGAUAUUACGCAGAAAACUCCACUGGACGGUGUGAGAGGUGCAGCAAGAGCUGCAAGGCGUGCCGGGGCCCAGAACCCACCGACUGCCUGUCUUGCGAUACAUAUUUCUUCCUGCUCCGCCCCAAGGGAGAGUGUCAUCGCACCUGCCCAGAGCAUUACUAUGCAGAGCAAGGCACACGGAUGUGUGAGAGGUGUCACCCAACUUGCAACAAAUGCAAAGGAAAAGGACCGUUCCAUUGUUUAUCUUGCGUGUGGAGUUAUCACCUAUCAGGAGGACUCUGCACCUCAGAUUGUCUGGUGGGAGAAUACAGAGUGGAAGAGGGGGAGAAGUUUAACUGUGAAAAAUGCCACGAAAGUUGUGUGGAAUGCAAGGGACCCGGCAUCAAGAACUGCACCAUGUGCCCCGCCAACCUGCUGCUGCAUAUGGACGACAGUCGUUGUCUACACUGCUGCAAUACCUCCGACCCGUCCAGUGCCCAGGAGUGCUGUGACUGCCAGGAAACCACAGAGGAGUGUAUCCUUCACGCAAGUGAAACUGGGCCUGCAGGUGAGCGUACCAAGACAGCCCUGUUCAUCACCUCCUCCAUUAUGCUGGUGCUUCUGUUCGGGGCCGCUGUGAUUGUCUGGAGGAAAUCACGAGGCCGAGCCCAGCCAGUAGCAAAGGCCGGCUAUGAGAAGCUGGCCGACCCUAGCAAGUCAUAUGUUUCCUACAAGGGCAGCCAUCUUGAAAGCACCAGCUUUGAAGAGGAUCAAGUGAUUGAGUACACAGACCAGGACUAUGAUGAGGAGGAGGAUGAUGACAUCGUCUACAUGGGCCAAGAUGGCACCAUCUACCGGAAGUUUAAGUACGGGCUGCUGGAUGAGGAGGAGGAUGAGCUGGAAUAUGACGAUGAAAGUUACUCCUACCAGUAGACAGACCCCCUCGCCCCCUCACCCCACCCCUUUCUGUCCCAGGCAUGCACGCGAGGGUUACAGUUUGGGGGUUUUAGCCCCACACACCAGGCUGACGUGUGGGUGUAUGUAUUUGUCCUCUUAACCCUGAGUCCAACUAGAGUUGGUAAGAAUGCUGAAAUAAUUUGUUCUUCUUUGGGGGUGACUAAACUCAAUCAACCGUAACGAGGAACAAGGGUAAAAUUCAGAGGGAUUUUCCUCAAAAUAGUAUGUCAAAAUACAGAAGUGAAAAAA